AUGGUUGCGUUACGUAUGGCUUUUUCCCCGUACCUGCUCAAAUAUUCCAGCAAACCAAUUUCAUCACAUGUUGCCAGUAAUAGACUUCCAAUUCAGUCACAGAAAGCUCCUUUAUCCAGCCGAUUACAAACAGAGAAUAUCGGUACAGGACAACGGGGUUUACAGUCUAGACCUGUAAAUACUAGUGCUUCUAGAGAAGUCAAUGUUCCAUAUGGGCGUCAAAAUUCUGUAUCUCCACACCAUGCUGAUAGUGUGGAUCAUAGUCAGUCCCCACAUUCGAAACAGCGCUAUGCAUCAGGAUCAAGAGAUCAUGUCAGUUCUAUUCAACGUGGCAGGCCACCUCGUCAGUGGCAAAAUGAAACAUUUUCACGAAGUGGCUAUGGACAUGAAUCUCAACAACAAGCAUAUAAUAGUGUGCAGGAUGAUGAUGGUGAAUUGUCUGUAUCAGCAAUGAGUUUGAACGCUCAACCACUACAACAACAACAACAACAACAAUAUUCCCAGCAAACUUAUUCUUCUAAACAAAAUACAAUGGAACGAUAUGCUGGUGGAGUGCAUGGAAGUAGUUCAUAUAGUGUGAAUAGUUCAAAUAGUGGUCCUAUUACAGAAUCUGUUGAAUCACAUCAGGAUAAAGGACAAAGUCGUAAUCCAUCAAUAGCAUCACAAAGUCAAGAUUUAAGUGGAGUACAACCUAACACUGUAAAUAAUCAACCUGUUAUCCUAAGAGAUCCUGCAGCAUUGGAACAAGAAAAACUUGAACGUGAAGAACAAGAAAGACGAAAAGCCUUACAAUUAUAUGUUUUUGUAAUGCGUUGCAUAGCCUAUCCAUUUUAUUCAAAACCACCAACUGAUUUAAUACGUCGUUAUCUAAAAAUAACUAAACAACAAUUGAAUACAUUUAAAGAACGCUUUCAAGCUUUCCUUAGUGGGGAAUUAGAUGUUGUAGGCGAUGAAGCUUUUACAAAUGCUGUACAAAGUUAUUAUGAGGUCUUUUUACGCAGUGAUCGUGUAGCAAGUAUGGUACGUGGUGGUGGUUGUUCAAUGCAUGAUUUUCGUGAAGUCUUUCGAUUGAACAGUGAACAUCGUGUACAGUGUUUACCACAAAUUGAAGGUUUAAAUAAAGCUAAUGUUGUUAGUGCAUGGAUGGUAAAAUUUGAUCAAAUAUGUCGUGGUGGUGUUGGUCCAUCAUCUGUUCUACAAAAAUUACAAGUUCCUCAACCAGAAUUAGUAAUGACUAAAGAACAAUUAUAUGAAUUAUUUCAAGCUACAUUAGGCGUGAAAAAAUAUGAACAUCAAAUAUUAUAUAAUGCAUUACAACUGGAUAACGCCGAUGAACAAGCUGCUCAAGUACGUCGUGAACUGGAUGGUCAAUUACAGGCAGUUGAGGAGUUAUCAAGGAACCGUCAAUUCCCUCGUUUAGUUGUCAAAGAUAUGGAGAGUUUAUAUGCUGAUGAAUUACGUAAAAUGGUUGGGGAAUUAAUGUUACGAUUAGAAUCUGUACCUGUGACAAGAGGUUCAAGUAGUUUUCAAAAAUUUAAAAAAGUUAGUCGUUCACAAACAUCCGGUACAAAUUCACCAAGUUUAAAUUAUAAAGAGCAUAAUGAUGAAAUCAGUGAAACAAAUUUUAAAAAUAAAAUUGGCAUUCAAUUGAAUUUUUCCUUAGAGAUUGUUGUUGGUCAGGUGAAAAAUCUUAAACAUUUACCAACUAAUAAAAUGGUAUAUUGUACAAUGGAGGUUGAAGGUGGUCCAAGAUUACAAACAGAUUUAGCUGAAGCUGGAAAACCAACAUGGGGUACACAAGGUGAUUUUUCAACAAAUCAACCUCUUCCUACAGUUAAAGUUAAACUGUAUGCUGAAAGUUCAGGCCUUUUGUCACUUGACAGUGGUAAAGAAUUAGGUCGUAUUAUUUUAAAUCCCACAUGUACAGGAAAUCGACAACCAGAAUGGUAUAAAUUACAAGUUGCUAAAAAUAUUCCCGAUGAUUUGAGCAUACAAUUGACGCUAAGAAUGGAUAAACCAAAUAACCUGAAACAUUGUGGUUAUCUAUAUGCAUUGGGUAGAACAGCAUUUAGAAAAUGGAGACGACGUUAUGUCUGUUUAAUACAAGUCUCACAGUACACCUUUAUUAUGGCUUCUUAUAAAGAGCGUAAAUCAGAUCCAACUGAAGUUAUGCAAUUAGAAGGAUUCACAGUAGACUAUUGUGAUGUACAAAGUGAUUUAGCAUCUACUGGUGGAAAAUACUUUUUUAAUUUGGUUAAAGAAGGCGAUAGUGUUGUAUUUGCAACAGAUGAUGAAAAUGAACGUCAACUAUGGAUACAGGCAAUUUAUCGUGCUACUGGUCAAACACAUAAACCUGUCCCACCAUCUAAAGAUGCCACGGGGAGUAAUAACACUGCUCUUCAAAAUGUUAAUCUAUUUUCUGGGAAUAAAUCAUCAUCAGCGGCAGCUAUUUCUGCCUCACUUUCUCGUGGUACUGCUUCAGCUAUGGGUAACAGAACACAAGGAGAUGUAGAUCGUGCUCGUAAACACGGGCUAGAUGAAUUUGUCAGUAUUGAACCAUGGAAGAUUAAUCAUGCUGAUUUAUUUGCUUUAUUACAAUCGAAAUCAUUAGACUAUCGAAUGAAAGAUUCAUAUGUAUCACUUGGCUGGUUUAGUCCAAGUCAAAUGUUUAUUUUAGAUGAAUAUUGUGCACGUUAUGGUGUACGUGGUUGUCAUCGUCAUUUAUGUUAUUUAAAUGAUUUACUUGAUCGUGCUGAACAAGGCAUCAUAAUUGAUCCUGCUAUCAUUCAUUAUUCAUAUGCAUUCUGUUGUUGUCAUGUAUUUGGAAAUACACAAGACACAAAUAUUCGUACUGUUCUAGUUGAUGAACGUCAAAUGUUCAUGGAGAUACGUCAACGUCUUUAUGCUCUACUAGAAAAACAGAUUACAGAGUUUCGAUAUUACUUUCCUUUUGGACGUCCAGAAGGUGCAUUGAAAUUAACUUUAGGUUUAUUAGAAAGAGUUUUAAUGAAGGAUACUGGUGCACCGGCAUCAGCUGAAGAAGUUCGUGAAGUGAUACGACGAUGUCUAGAACAAGCUGCAUUAGUAAAUUAUGCUCGUAUAUCCGAAUAUGCAGCAAUUGAAAGUGGUCGUGAUACAAAUGCUGAACCUUCCCAGACAACUAGUAAAACAUUAGCUGAUCUCAUUCACUUGGCCGAGUUAUGCAUUGAAGUACUACGACAGAAUGAAGAACAUCAUGCAGAGGCAUUUUCAUGGUUUCAAGAUUUAUUAACCGAGCAUGCAGAAUUAUUUUGGAGUUUUUUCUCAGCUGAUAUGGUUGGUGUAUUAGAAACAAUGCCACCAGAUUGUUGGGACAGUUUUCCGCUAUUUCAAUUAUUAAAUGAUUACUUAAGUUCAGAAGUUUCACUGAAAUCUGGAAAGUUUCAUCUUCAACUUACACAGAUCUUUGCACCAUUAGUUGUACGUUAUGUUGAUCUUAUGGAGGCUUCAAUUGCUCAAUCUAUAAGUGGUGGAGUUGAAGGACAAUCAAGUUAUCAAAAUGGAAGAAAUAGUCCUGAUUCUACAUCUGGUACAUCAAUGUCAACUGGUUUUGCAGCUUCCGCCUUAGAAACUGUCGGUGCGCUGGGUAAUGUAGGCUCUUUAGUCAGUGCAGCUGCUGCAGGAGCAGCUAAUGCUGCAAAUGUUGCUAGUCGUACAGGUGGUUUAAUGGCAGCGGCCACGGCAGCAGCCAGUGCAGCUACACAGGCGGCAACAAAUCCAGCUUCAAUUGGUACAACAGCAUGUAUACCAGUUACAUCAAGUGAAUUACUGUGGAAGCUGGAAGCCCUACAGAAUUUUAUUAGAGAACUUCAUUGGCCAGAUAUAGCUUUUGCUGAACAUAUGGAUAAUAGAUUAAAAAUGAUGGCUGCAGAUAUGAUUGAUGCAGCAGCUCAACGCAACCUGAAUUGUUUCGAUUCUUGGCUGAAAAGAUCAUCGAAAGGCACAGAUUUUAUUCUACCUAAUGAAUGUUGUAAUAUGAUUAAUACUGUGAUUGAAUUAAAAGCAAGUAUACUAAAGUUAUGCACUAAAGACACAAAAGGUGAAGAUAUGCAUGAAUAUCAAAAUCAAACCGAAACGAACUUAGAACGAGUUCAACGCAAAAUGGCUAUUCUAUUAAAUGAUAAAAUGGGCAAAAUACUUGAAGGCAAUCUAAUGAAAUUAGCUCGUUAUGAUGUGAAUACUCUACUUUCAUCAGUACUUUCAUUAACUAAACCUACAGAUGAAAUUGGUAAAGCUUAUGUUGAAUUCCUUCGAGUCAAUUUAGAACAAAUGCGUCAGAAAGUUUCUGAUGAAUUGUAUAUUCUUUCAGUUAUGGAAACAUGGUAUAUGACACAGACAAGAAUGAUCAAUGAUUGGUUGAUUGAACGUAAAGGGAAUGCAUUAAGUCCAUAUCAAUUCACUUGCCUUUCUACAAUUAUUAAAAAAAUGUAUUCAGAUUUUGAACUGCAAGGUAUCAGUCCUGAUGCAUUGGAUACAAUGGCGUAUAAAACAAUUAUGCAGCGACUUCAGAUGGAAGAAACUGCUCAAGCUGUUAGACCUGACUUAGGAAGUAGUCCAACACGAUCAAUACUCGGUACAAUAACAGGCAGUCUAAGUGGUAUUCCUAAACCUGGAUUCUUUAGUAAAAUGUAA